UGGAUGUCACUGAUUUGAUUGAACUAGAGGACACCUCGCAUCAUAACAACUCAUAUAAAAUCUAAAAUCAUAUCUUAAUAAGCACAACAACCUAUUGAGUCGCGGGAUGCAUAACAAAAUUAUAGUUGUAUAAGAGACUGCUCAGAACAUAGUAGCCUAAAACAGCUGUUGUCAUCGGUUUUUAACAUUUUUCACUAUUUACCUUCUAUUGCUUUUGUGAAAAUAUAUUUUAUCAUAGAGUUUAAUUAUAGUACUUGCACUUAUGGACACCAUUCUGGACAAUUUCGCCCCGGAUAAACUUUUCCCCAGUGCCAACCUGUUGGACCUUGAGGAUUUGAAUGAAGGGGAUUUUCUCAACAAUGUGCACUUCUCGGAGCAGAUGGAGGACUUCUCCAACGAGCUGUUCAGCAGCUUCUUUGAUGACCACCUCCUGGCCGACAGGAACCCACUGUUGGACAUGGAGAUGGACCCACCCAACCCUGACAUCCAGCAAGAACACAGCUACUCCCUGAGCGGAGACUCGGCCCCCCAGAGCCCCUCCAUGUCCAUCAAAAUGGAUGAGGAAGCAGAGUUUGAAGGAAUGUGGUCUUUCAGCCAGGACCUGACAGCUAUCCUGGUAAAGCAGGAGCCUGAUCAACAGGCAGAGCCUUCCUCUACAGUCCCCUCCAUGGGGAACUCAUGCUUCCAGCCUCUCAACCUCGCCCCACCACCUCACAGGAGCUCAUCAGGGGACACAGGCUCCAAAGAGUUGAACCUCAACCCCACACCUGCAAUCAAAGAUGAACCCAGAGAGGUCAACCAGUUCCUCAACAUCCCUUCAGAUGAUCAGCUGCAGCUCCCCCCCACCCCUCCCAGCAGCCAUGGCAGUGACAGUGAUGGAUCCCAGAGCCCCCGCUCCAUGCCCCCUUCCAGCCCAGCCCGCCUACAGGCCCGCUCCUCCGCUGCCAUAUCCUCCUCACCCCUCCUUACUGCCCCACACAAACUACAGGGCACUUCAGGGCCCCUGAUGCUGACAGAGGAGGAGAAACGCACCCUGAUCGCUGAAGGUUACCCCGUACCCAACAAGCUGCCCCUCACCAAGACCGAGGAGAAGGCACUGAAGAGAGUUCGCAGGAAAAUAAAAAAUAAGAUAUCUGCCCAGGAGAGUCGCAGGAAGAAGAAGGAGUACGUGGAGUGCCUGGAGAAAAAGGUGGAGAACUACACAUCUGAGAACAGUGACCUGUGGAAGAAGGUGGAAACACUGGAGAGUGCUAACAGAACUCUACUCCAGCAGCUCCAGAAACUCCAGGUCCUGGUCACAGGAAAAGUGCCCCAAUCCUACAAAAUGGCCUCAACGCAAACAGGAACAUGCCUUAUGGUGGUGGCGCUGUGCUUUUUCCUGGUGCUGGGCUCCCUUGUACCUUGUCUGCCUGAGCUCUCCUCCCUGUCCCAUACCGUGAAGUCCUCCUCGCCCCUCCCCUCGGCUGAUGUCUACACAGCCAGCCAGGUCCGCUCCCGCAGCCUACUCUUCUACGACGAGAGCUCCUCGUUGGAGGACGGUCACGGGGGCUUCCUGAAGAUGGAGGGGGACGGCUCGGAGGGGGCGCCCCUCGACUACACCGAGGACCGGUCGGCACAUGACAGCCACGGAGGCGAACACGAGAACACCAAGUACCUCAGCAAGGUUCACUCCGAUCCGGUGGACUACAACAGGACCGGCGCCCAGUUCCUCCAAGAAGAGCCGCAGUACCACAAAAUGUAAACUGAGGCCAGACAAAGAGCCAAACCCGGAAGGAGGAGAGGAGUACUUUUAACCUUGAGGGGCGGAGCUGCCAAAAACACAGGCUCUCCAGACUCCUUACCCAUGUGGAUGUGUAGUGACACUACGGCGCCCCCUAGUGUGCCACCCCCAACCCACCUCUCCCUGCACUCCCUGACCUCCUGCAGUAGCUCCCUGGCCUUCCUGUUCCAUCCCAUUCCCUGAAGUCCCACCUGAUAGAGAGGAUGAAGAGGGUAUGUGAAGAAGAUAGAAAUGACGGGCAACUCCAAUCAAAGCUCCACAGGAACUUUUCCUCUCUGACUGCUGUGUUUGACUGGAGGCAGAAGCAGGGAGUGAGAGGGGUUUGAAUUGAGUAACUUGUUGAAACAUCUGUGUGCUCUGUGUGUCUGUCUGCACGUUCAACUGGGUGAGUGUGGUUGCAGUGCUUCUGUGCAAAUGAAGUGCUCCUCAGAUUCCAUCACACUGUUGCUUUUUCAAGGACUUCUACAAAUAUUUAGAACACAGGGGGUACUUCAGGUGUAGGGGGAUCUAUAGCGGAUCUAUAGCAAAUUGGAUAGGA